AUGAGAGAAGUCAGCAGUCCAGCGUUGGAAAAAGAAAGUUGCGUUCAUUAUGCCUGGAAUUACUCGUUAUUGAAGGAUUUGGAAUUUGAUGAAGCUGUUAAAUAUUGCAAUGAAACACAAAAACCAGACGUAAUGAAAUGUAAAAAUUAUAUUUAUAAUGAAGAGUCCUAUCAUCAGACAAUUGUCAGCCAGUGGAAUCUUGUUUGUGAUGACUUAGCCCUGAGAUCAACAGCUCAGAUCAGUGUUGCAAUCGGAAAAUUUUUCGGAGCCUUAGUCUUUGGCUUGAUCAGUGAUAGAUAUGGAAGAAAGAAGACGUUUAUAUUUUCAUCUGUACUGCUCAUGAUAUCAGGCCCAUCUGCAGCUUUUGUAGAUAGUUAUGUCAUGUUCAUAGUAUUCAGGUUGCUUAUAGGGGUCGCUGGUGCUGGUCUCUAUGAAACUGGUUUUACAAUCUUGAUGGAACUAACGGUAAAGAGCUAUAGGGAAUAUUUAGGAAAUUUAUUCAACAUAUCUUAUUCAUUUGGCUUCGUAUAUCUUCCACUGGCUGCAUAUUUUACCAAUAACUGGAGACAACUUCAAUUAGCUAUCUCUGUCCCUAUGUUCGCACUCAUCAUCCAUUGCUGGUUCUUACCAGAAUCACCAAGAUGGUUAAUAACAAGAGGAAAAUUAAAAAAAGCAUCAAAUAUAAUUGGGAGUCUAGGUCACUUAGAACCCAAUGAGCCUCUUCAGUCACCUCGAUCUGAUACCAAGGCUCAAUCGGAAUCUAUUUGUAUGGAUGUGCUCUUAUUUCUUAAAGGUUAUAUGAAACUUUUCUCAACACUUGAACUUGCCAAAAGAACUUUGAUAUGCAAUUAUCUAUGGUUUAUGGGACAUUUUUAUUACUAUCUUUUAGCACUAAAUGGAACAAAUUAUGAAAUUGACCAGCGACUGUAUAUUGGACUGAAUGGCAUUGUGGACACGCCAGGCUUCUUGCUGCCUAUUAUUUUCUUUACAUAUUUUGGCAGAAAGAGUUCCGGAAUAGCAUUAUAUACUGUUUCUGGCAUCGCUAUGUUAGUAAUAACGGUUUUACCACAAGGUUGGCCAAUUAUGUGUGCAACUCUAUUUGGAAGACUCACGGGAAUAGCAGCAUACGGAAUUGCCAUGUUUUACACAGUAGAACUAUUUCCAACAGAAAGUCGAAACACUGCCGUGGGUAGCUGUCUUACUAUGUCACAAUUUGGUCCGCUGCUUGCUCCAUAUAUAGUGGACAUAUUGGGAAAGAGGUUUUGGUGGAUGCCUACGGUCCUUUGUGGUUGCCUGGCACUUCUAGGAGCAUUCUUCUUGAUCUUUGUCCCAGAGACCAGAGGCGCUCCAACACCAUCGAUGAUAUCAAAAGCACGAGAUAGAAAAUCUUUUCUAACAUUCUGA